GGCAGGCCCCGCCUGGCCAUGGGCUGCCUGCAGAGCGUGGCGUGCAAGGCGCGGGUGCGCAGGGAGAACAUCGUGGUCUACGACGUGUCGGCCUCCAUCGAGCCGAGCGCCACCGCCAUCGAGGAGACCUCGCCCAUCGUGCUCCGCUACCGGACGCCCUACUUCCGCGCCGCCGCCCGCGUCCUCAUGCCGCCCAUCCCGCGCCGCCACACCUGGGUGGUGGGCUGGAUCCAGGCCUGCAACCACAUGGAGUUCUACAACNGUCACUUGGACCUGUCCAGGUCAAGCUGGGAACUUCCAGAUUUGAGAGAAGGACGUGUAAAAGCUAUCAGUGACUCUGAUGGAGUGAGCUACCCCUGGUAUGGGAACACCACAGAAACAGUGACAUUGAUUGGCCCUACUAAUAAGGUCUCCAAGUUCUCAGUUAGUAUGAAUGACAAUUUCUAUCCUAGUGUGACAUGGGCAGUCCCUGUGAGUGACAGUAACGUGCCACUACUGACCAGGAUCAAACGGGACCAGAGCUUUACAACAUGGCUGGUAGCCAUGAACAUGACCACAAAGGAAAAAAUUAUCUUGCAGACUAUAAAAUGGAGGAUGCGAGUGGACAUUGAAGUUGAUCCCAUGCAGCUCUUGGGCAAGAGAGCCCGCUUAGUGGGGAGAACUCAGCAGGAGCAGCCUAAAAUUUUGAGCAGAAUGGAACCCAUUCCACCCAAUGCACUAGUGAAACCCAAUGCCAAUGAUGCCCAAGUCCUCAUGUGGAGGCCCAAGAGAGGUCUGCCUUUGGUAGUCAUACCACCCAAAUAGAGGACCUCCUUGACUACAGAAAUGGGGUUUUUGUCACCUAUAGUAUGUGUACCUGAACCAAAGAAGACCUCUCAAAUUCACCUGCCUUUUUUUAGCUGCAAGUGGGAAGAGGGCUUCUUCAAGAGAGUAUUAUAUGCCAGUGGUCAUGGUGGAAUAGCUGAGUCUGUGGACUUUGGAAGAAGAACUUAGCACUGUUCCUCAACUUCAAGAAUAUUUUCAUGAGAAAAGUGUCUUUCUUCUCUUCAGUGAAAUAUAAUAAUCAAGAAUUUUAUUUCCAGUGCCUGUGGCAAAUGCUGCUUUCCAGCCAGUUGGAUUUGGAGGCUAUUCUUACCAGACAUUCACAGACUUGUAGUGUAUUGCCUACUUCUGGGGGAUGGGUCAGGAGGGGAUGGCAUAUUACUACAACAUUAUACCUAUGCAUUUUAAUUGAUAAUCAGAAUUAUCGCCCUGCUUGUUCGAGUGAAGAAAAUGUUUAUGAAGAGGGAAGAAUGCUGUCUAUUCAGCUCACUCUUGUAGAAAGAGCAGUGUGUUCCCCUGGGAACUGUCCAUGGUGCUGAACUAAAGCACAACCUGAACUACCAAUAAUACUAUCCUCUCUUCCUCUUUCUGGGGAUAAUUUUACAGACAAGUGGAGUUGAGAUCUUUUGCAUGUUUCUCAGUGUGUUUCAAGUAGUUUUAAACAUAGGAGUUUUGCCAUAGUUAAUCAUGCUCUGGGGAAAAUCUGCGGUAAAUCUACUGAUGACACCUUCUUAUUUUAAAACCUUUUUUUUUCCAAACCAUAAUUCCCACUUUAUAUGAGCAAAGUUAAUUGACAGUCCAAGAGAUAUCUCCACGUAGCAUGUUUCUCCAUCCUCAGUUGGGAAAGGGUUAUAGGUUAUAUUUCAUUUAAGAGAGUGAUUUUGUUCAUUGACAGCGAUAAAAAGCAGAAAGUUCCAGACUCCAUUAGAUAUUGGUAGUGGGGAGCAUUAGAAAACUACACAUGUCUCUACUGUUCUGAGUUAUGAGUUUUUUGCCUGUGGAUUGAGGGAAGUUGCAUUAUCAUUAUGCAGAGAAAGAUGAAAAAAACAUGAAGCAAACAAUUGACCUGUUACAUGAAGGGUAAAAGCUAAACACUUAGAAGGGUACAUAAUAUCUAUGGGCUGCCCUAUGAAUAUUCUUGCCUAAGGGGGAAGGAGUGUGUAUGUUUGUGUACUUGGCCAUCUUCAGUCUGACCUGGAAAUUUUUAGAUCUUUCCACAUUUGAUGAGGAAUACAUGAUCUCAUUGGGAAAUUACUUUCUGUUUUAAUUUGCUUUAACAUUUGUUGAUAGAUUGCAGACAUCUCUGCUUGCUGUAGUGAUAAUGGCAUAAUAGAAAAGGUAAAGUGUCCUAUGCAUAUUUUGCCAGUGAAACCUCCAGAGGUGUGCUUUCAGUUCACUUUGCUUACUACAGUGUGGCUGACCUUCAAGCAACAUUUGCUAUGGCAACCUGGGAGGAAGAAAAUAGUGCAGUUUGUUGUAGAUCCGGAUUUUGCUUUUUGGUCCUGCAGCAGUGUAAAUGGAACUUGAACAGCCUUAUGAAGAAAGUAAACUAUGUAGAACGUUUUUUUAAAAAAUCCUAUUGAUUAAUUCAGUUGCGAAAAUAAUGUUUGUUCAUAUUACAGUAGCUUCAGAUAGUAGCUGCUGUAUAGGCAGGCACAAUAAGUAAUUUAUAGUGUGACUUGCCCUUUUCAGGAACUUCUGGAUGCAGAAUCUGCAACAGUAUAGCAUAUGUGGCCUCCUUCUGCUAUUCCCACCAGAAAUCUAUGAGUAGCACCUAGAAGCAUGGAAGGUAGUCAUUCUUAAGUAGAGACCAAAAAAAGUAUCUUUUUGCAUUAAAUUAUCAGAAUCCCACACUCAGUAUGGCUGGCAGCAUUCAUAAGUGAGCAGAAUUGGAACUCCUAAAGGCAGUAACACAUCUUUCGUAUUUGUUGUUUAUCAUCUUUCUCCCUAUCUCUUUCAGGUAUAAGGUGCUCAAUUAUCAGUCACAUGUCAUGACUUUAGAUUACUGGUGUUCAGCAUCAGCUAUUCUUUUGCCAUCAGGAAUUCUCUGUUGUGUGAUGCAUCUAUGGAGAGUGGUAGAAUGCUUGCAAUCUUACUAAAAUGGCUUUGCUGUCUGUGGCAUUGCCUUUUUGCAUCUAUCGUCUGACAGCUUAAACUGCAAGUGCUCCUUAACAGUAUUAUUAUUAUUAUUAUUAUUAUUUAUUUAUUCCAUUUAUACCCCGCCUGUCUGUUCAUUGCAAACACUCUAGGCGGCUAGUAUUAGCACUAGUUCUGGGCUUCAUCACAGUGCUGAAUUUCUCUACUCUAAAAUAAGGUGCACAACAUGCUUCUACUCUUCCACAGUUGCUGCCGUUGUUCUAUCAUACUUCCUUUUCAGGUUUUUUAUGAAUAUACAAAUCUCUGCCUCCAUAUACCUAAAGUCUUAUGCAGCUCUUGACUCUACUAGGUAGGAACAGAGAAUGGCAGGCAUAUUUCUUGCAGUCAGUACCCUUGGAAGAUUACUAGAUAAUAUAUGGGAAGUCUUUUUAGCUGUUUGAAACUGCUGUAUAAAAGUUUGUGUUUUUAUUAAAUCUUGGGCCUGCAAGGAAGUCAAACUUUACUAAAAUUUCAUGUUGACUGUGACCACCUCGAUGAGGACUUUUUAGAGUCUGCCAUCAUACAGUUACUGACAGAGAGAGAGAUUUACUGCUAUGUGAUCUGGUAUAAAAUCUGUUGCUCCACACACUAGAAGCAAAUGUAGCAUUUCUGCUGAAAGUGCUAGAUCAUGUCUAUCCCCCUUUCUGCAAUACAAGUAGGUAGGAUGCUGGUCUGUGCUAAUUAAACUAGUCUUAGCUUUUGAUAAAUUUUUCACUAGGAAGUGCUGGAUGUCUAUAAAAGGAGGAGAAGCACCUGCUUCUAGAAUGCCAUGUUAAUCCUGUCUUGAUGAACCGUGUGAUGGGACUUGCUGUAGUGACAUUUUGACACGAUGCACUUCAUCUUCUAGAUUCUUGAGGGGGGGAAUGAGAAGAGUCUUGGGGCAGUGUGGGACAUCCUAAUCCUGUGCCUACUAAAUAUUGGUUGGGCAUCCCUCUUGCCAUUUUUAUUGAUGGAUUGCUGUUUAUACUUCAAGAAUGCUGAAUGGUGAAAUUUAGGCCAAAGUCUUCCUUCGUAGAUUGCCCAGCUUGCAAAGACCGUGCCUUUGCUUGGGAUUAAUUUUGGUCUCUAUUACCUCAGCAAACUACUGUAUCAGCUAAAUUAGAAGCUGUAAUGCUCUGGAGCAGUGGUUCUUAACCUUUGUUACUCGGAUGCUUUUGAACUGCAACUCCCAGAAACC